AUGAUGACAUUCCUACGCGACAUUGCAGGGACGGUAUCCACCCUCUCGCUAGCUGUCGUAGUGGCGUAUUAUACCAAUCUACAACUCUACGCAGUAGUAUGUAUGGGCAUUCAGUGGAUCUCGGCACUCUAUGCUAUCCCUAAGCAGGAUGAACACUACUUUGACCUAACGGGCUCUAUCACGUACGCUGCGGUGUCCCUCCUGGCUUAUAGGGUGAAUAGCCCUGUGUCUUGGCGAGCUUCCCUUCUCACAGUGUUUGUAUGGCUUUGGUGCAUUCGUCUUGGAUCGUUUUUGUUCCUGCGCAUACGCGAGUGCAGAGAGGACAAGCGCUUUAAAGAGAUUCGAGAAAACCCACUACAGUUCCUGGGAGUAUGGAACAUCCAAGGCCUUUGGGUGCUGCUUACAUUGCUACCCGUGUUAUUGACACUCAGUCAUGGUACGUCUAACUCACAGGUGUCGUUGUUGGACGCCUUUGGCGUCUUUCUUUGGAUCGUGGGUUAUGUUUUGGAAGUCACGGCUGAUUACCAGAAGAUGCAGUUCCGUCGCAACAAAAGCAAUAUGGGGCAAUUCAUUCAAGGUGGUCUUUGGUACUAUAGCCGCCAUCCGAACUACUGUGGGGAGAUUAUGAUCUGGAUUGGUGUGUUUUGUGUGAGUGUGCAUACUCUGCCGACCACGUCACUACAAUGUUGGGCUGCCGUAAGCCCUAUGUUUGUGGCAUUCCUACUCCUAUUCGUUUCGGGUGUCCCGCUACUGGAAAGUCAGGCAGAAGAUCGCUGGGGAAAGACCACAGCGUGGCAAGAGUACAAAGCACAAACGAGCGUGUUGCUGCCCAUGCCUAAGCACAAGAUAAAGACAAAAUAA